UUUCCUAUCCGUUUGCCUCCAUUACCAAGGCGUAAAAUCAUUCCCGUAUUUGCCUAGUUAAUUGGACUUAUUUAUUUUUCCGAAGCUUCUGCCUGAAGUGUUUGUUGUAAAGUAUAAGACAGUGUAUACGAUACCCAGGAUUACUUUACCAUAUCUUCGGAGCGGUAAGAGCGAAACAGUUGCUCAGGCAACCACAUGUUAGAAGUGCACAGUUUUGUACAGCAAUGCGGGAUCAGUAGCUGAAGGGAUAUAAGAGUGCUUAAGACACAGUCAGCGGUCUCGUCGAAAGGAAAUUCCGUGCAGCGAAUAGCGAUUAUCAACCAAUGAACAAGAGAGAAAGUUGAAUAAACGCUCCAAGUUUACCUUUCUAGCAGGUGAAACGCGUGAAAAGCGAUAACAUAAUUUUGGGAACAUACAGAAAAUAAGAACGCGAUCGAAAAAACAACGUACCAGGUUGUGUUUCUUAGACAUUAACAACAUGAGCUAACGUAUUCGUGCGCAGAAGUUUCUUUCGUGGGAUAAAAAAAGAUCUAGACGAUUUUGAAGGUGACUGUUAGAUGAAAUAUUUCAACAUCAUGCCUCUCGACAAGCAGGCUUGGGCUAUUCCCCGCAGUCUUAUGUGCACGGGAAUAUGGUCGGGGUUUAUUUUAAUAUUCAUCGGUAUGAUCAUGGUCGUAGCAGGGCAACACAACGAGAUACAGCCAGAGAUGUACGUAGGCUGGGGAGGCGUUAUAAUGGGUGUUGGUUUUCUGCUUUUAGCCGUCUGUGCUGUGCUAUGUGUUCACGCCCUGUGCAUCAUGAGAAAGAACAGGCCUACGGUGAAGAACAUAUCUCACCAUUACGGCACCAACGAAGGUUACGAUAUGGGGUACGCCGACGCCUGCAGCAAAGAAUGUCUAAUGAAAUAUGAAGUCAAAACUAUGGUGGUUGCCGAGCAGGAUAAGAAGAACCCCAACAAAGUUAACACGGUUAAGAUUGCUAAUCACCCACGCAUCGUUCCAGAACAAGAAAAGUCCAUCGCAGGGAUGCCGGGGAAUUCCAUUCUUAAGAAAAACAACACCAAUUCGAAAAUUGUCGGUGGGGGUAAUGGCCACAACCUGGGUAAAUUGACAGGUUAUAAUCGUCAGGAGAGUCAACCGGGAUAUAAUAAUCCAAGCUACGUAGAGCCAAAAUCAGGUAGUCCUAGGCCUUACGAUCGUCAGAAUAGUAACCAACCGAAACGUGGCAAUCCAGCCAUAUUCAACAACCCUACCAACCCACAAAGUAUUCAGCAUGACUCUGAUAAUGGCGAGGCAAUAUACGCCGAACCUAUGUCGAUUUACGUGACUCAGCCGAGCCAAAACGAUGCAGAACGAAUCACUUCAAAACCUCCAUUUAAGACGCGACAGAAGGGUACUAUUUAUGGGAAUGGGGAGGCUUAUCCGACGCGCACACAGUCGGUCAAAACCCCAACGCCGCAACGCCGUGAUAAUGAGCGUAGGAGAUCCGGCGGUGAUUAUGCCAACUUGCCUUUAACACCGAGUCCGGAUGACUUGUUGACCCCGCCAUCUUACGAAGAUGUCACCGGUUCCAACGUGAGUGUAUACGACAACGUUCCAACAACCCCCAAAGGAAAUGGUGAACCACCAAGAUGACCAAUUGAAAUUAUGAUUUCAUGUGCAUCUUCCUUUUGUCAUGGAAGCUUUCACUUCCAUCUAAUCCUUAGUUACUAAGGGCUGCAUACCGGCAUGUGGCAUAUUUGUGAAUGUGCUGGCUGGGGAAGUGAAGCUUAGCAAGAUGUUUUUAGAAUGCAGGGAGAAAGUUUCUGACAUCUUCCCGUGGACUACAUUUAAGAUUUGCAAUUGGUAUUGUUAGAUGAGACGUGCCCGCGUUUUACAUUUGUGAAAUAUUUGGCGGAAAGCUAUCCCUUCACAGGUAAAAGGGUUUUCGGUACUGAAGACAGUGGCAGUUCUCAAGCGAAAGAUCUAUUGCUCUAAUUUUAUGUGGAAUAUUUUUAUUGGUUUGUUUUAAGAAUAUGUUAUGAGGGAAACCGUUUACUCGCAAUCAAUUUUUUCUGGUAAGUCGUGAAAUACAUGUUUAUGAUUAGAAAAGGGUAAUGAACUGACGUCGAGGUAACGCAAUAAUUAUUAACGCAUUAACCGUAUGAAAACUAGACACUGAUUGACGCUCUCAGUUAGCAGUCACAUUUUUGUCCAAUUCUGAAACAAAUGUGAAGAAUCUAAGAAGCAAUCAACCAAUGUUUAAAAUUCGAGAGUAAAUCAAGUGAAACUUAACCGACGUCUACGUGCACGUAUUAAGUUCAUUUAAAACCCAGUAGACCAACGGUUUUGUGCAUGGUGAAGGACUUAAGGAGUUCAGUUAAAAACUGAAAAAAAAAAAUCAAACUUAAAAUAUGUGAAUUGUUUGUUAUGUUUAGCUUCUCUUUGGUAAACACCUAAUAUACUUAAUUAGUUUUUAUGGCGUAAACAAGGGUGAUUCUUAGUCAGAGAAGGAUUGUUCUUUGUGAGUGUUGUGUUUAUAAAGAAUGGAUGCCAGGGCCAAAGAUGGAUUUUUCACUAGAUAUUCACAGAUAUGUCUCUUAAAUGAUGGACUUUUCUACACUGUAACGCUGUGAUAAAUAUCUAGGAUGAGUAUAUGGCCCGUAAUUGCUUGCAUAGCUGCUCAGGCACUGCCACAAGUUCCUGCCAAGUCCCCCUGACAGCAACCAAGAGAGUUUAUUGCUCUGACCUGAACCUCUUGCUCGUCUGUGACAAAUAAAAAGAGCCCCUUAUGAAUAGCUUGUUACUUCAGAGUGUUCUUUUAAAUCACGUAACUCGUUUCAGUAGACAGCUAAGCUAAGGCGGGUUACGUAACGAGAGUUUAUCACAUCGGCGCGAAGCCCAGCUCCUACAGAGCGGAUACAAUGUCAUCCGCACCCCUGCAAGUUUAAAUGCUUUCAUAUGGCCAAAAGUUACAGGGUCGCGUCAGAGAAAAGUUCACAUAAUAAGAUCUGCGGUCCUGGUAGAAGUUAUAAACUAGUUGAGGCUGUUCGAAAACUUACAUCAUAGUUUGUGCUCACAAAAUAACCAGUGAGUUGGUCUGUACGUUACUAUUUGAAGAACUGUUGGCUAUUUUAUUGAAUUAUUUUUUACAUUCAUAGAGGUGAUGCAUUCGAUUUUGAGGUAGAACUUUGUAUUGUUGCAGAAGAGAGAGAAUAACACGUAUUCUAUCAAAGGUACUCUAUUAAUCAAGGACCACUGCAAAACGAUUUGCCAAAACACAAUUAUCAUUAGAAGUAAAGCACACUGGUGUUUACUUAACUGAAUUGUCGUCGGACGGUAUUGAGCUUCCCUUGUCCAAACAAAACUGAAAAUGUUAGUUCUCUAUACAGGAGCCAUAAUGCGUUUUUUUUUUCUUUUUUUAAGGAGGAAACAAAAAAUCGAACUCAAAAUAUGAGAAAAAGAUUACUCAUUCGCGAGCCAAAAUAGUCAAAUUUAUUGUACAAAGACACCAAAAUCGUUUUGCAGUAGACAAAUUUUACAACAGUUGCUUUUGUUUUAUGGCUUGCCUUCGAAACUCACGUUUGUUUCUGUAUACAUUUUUAUUUGCCGAACAUAAGCUACCGAAUCUUUAGUCCGGCAUCGAAUAGGUUACAAGGGACUGUUUGAGAUGGGUUAAACCACGUCAUUAAUGUCAAGGUUAGAAACUAUAAACUCUUUCGUAUUUAGCAAUGGACUGAAUACCAUCUAUCAUUUUAAAGUGACGAUUAUGUUUUUUUUUAAGUAAGCGGGGAGUAACAUUAAUGGCUCACCUUUCCUUGUAGAGCACUUGUAGAUUAUUGCACUGUGUGGACUUGAUAUUAGGAUUAUUGGAUUUUCUUCAAUUUGAAACUUAUUGUGACCUUAUGUGUAUAACAUAUUGUCCUGAUAACAUAUACUGCUACCUAUGCAUUAUGUUUACUUGCAAUAAACACUUGAAGCACGUG